AAAUCAAAUUUGUUUAAAAAGUUUGGAGCUGCUUAUGCGUCACAAGUUGUAUUCACUUACCAUAUGGUAUUGUAAUCAAAUAACUGUCCAAUCUGCGCACUUGCUAACUAUGUACGGCGAGGGAUUACGUUCACUGGAGCUCGGCAUCAAUGCGCACAUGUUGCAAAACUCUGAGCCCAAUGAGAAGGAGCCUGUUGAUUUUCAAUUUAAUUGCCCGCAUCUACGCCGAUUGGUUUUGAAUGGAGUCGUAUUGCAUAAUGGCUUGCUGCUCAAUUCGCUACUCGAACUAACUCAUCUCGACUUGACAUCAUGCAUGCUAGCUAACUUUAGCUUGGAAGUCUUAGCAACUCUGCCGCUAUUACAUACACUUAUAUUGUUUAAUGUAUGGCCGAUUGCUAAUCAACUCCAAGCAAUUUGUAUGCUCCGCCGUCUGCGUACUUUGGAUAUUUCGAUUAGUAACUCUGGAAAUGGGCAUGGCACUUACGAUCUGCCCGAUCAAACACUGGAAAUGUUAAUGAACAAUUUACGUGAACUAACACACUUGGAUAUAUCAGGUACGAAUUUGGCGGGUAAUGGUGUGGCAACGAAAGAAUCAAAUUUUAAAUUACGCACCGACAUACCAGGAUUAGAAUCACGCAUACAGCGACCAUUACAGUUUUUGGGACUCUAUCAUACGGCGCAUUCAGCUUGCAAGCGGCAUGAUAUACCUGCGAUUGAGAUCGCGGGUGAUGCCAACGAACACCAGAUUCUGACAGCUGCGCGAUAUUACUAUGACAGACCGAUGCUUUUAACGAGGGUUUUGAAUGACUUGUACCACCUUUUCCGCUUCGAAAUUUGUAAGGACAUACAUCUUGCGUUGGAUGCUGUGCUCACAGCUAUGGAUAGACAUCUGAAAUUUAAACACAUGCAAAUUUCUGGAAGUGCCACGCUCUUCUACAUAGUAAAAGGUCGUGAUCGCUCAAAAUUCGGAACACCAUUGCGAAAUCAUAUUAUUCGUACACUGCUAAAUGGAAUGGAAACACAUCUUACUGAUGAUACGAUGCUACGAAAUGGUUAUCUAACGUUAACACAGUUCCAAAUGCCAAACGACGUGUUGUUUGAGUACGAACGUCUUAUCAAAGUUUUAUUGCAUGGUGUCUCAAAGACGGAGCAAGAAGGCUUUGUGCAGAGGAUAGCAAUAUAUUUGCUAAACACAUUGGCGUGCCAAGUGGAUGGCAAGCAAAAGCUGUUUUUAGGUGAACUGGGAGUUGUUAGUACAAUGUUAAGUUUAAUUAAGGAUCGAUUAACUCGUUCGGUAUUUGAUGAUGUCAUGGAAGUGGCAUGGUCAACAAUGUGGAAUGUAACUGAUGAGACUGCAAUCAAUUGUAAAAGAUUUUUGGAGGGCCGCGGAAUGGAGUUUUUCUUAAAAUGCUUGCGUACUUUCCCUGAUCGUGAGGAACUACUGCGAAAUAUGAUGGGCCUUUUAGGUAAUGUUGCCGAAGUAAAAUGGCUACGACCAAAACUUAUGACACAAGAAUUCAUUGAAGUUUUUGCCAAGCUAUUAGAUUCAUCAAGUGAUGGAAUUGAGGUAAGCUACAAUGCUGCGGGCGUGCUGGCACACAUCGCAUCAGACGGACCUGGCGCGUGGACAAUUGAAUCUCCCACACGUGAUAGCGUACUCAUACGCAUGGUGGAAGCUAUCAAACGCUGGGAUAUCAAAAGUGAACGGAAUAUUAACUAUCGUAGUUUCGAGCCGAUUUUGGGGCUAGUACGCUGUUAUGAAACACCACAAUGCCAACAUUGGGCUGUUUGGGCUUUAGCCAAUUUGACUCAGGUCUAUCCAGAAAAAUAUUGUCAACUGGUGAAGCAAGAGCAUGGUAUUGAAAUCUUGACUGAAUUGAUUGAACAUCCAAGACCAUACGAGGAUAUAAAAUUGAUUGCGCGCAAAGUUAUCGAAAAGUGUACACAUUGGCCAAAUUGGUUGCUAGAUGGCUAAAAAAAAAAUCCGGACAGAGCAUAUAACACCGCAGCAUACUUGUGUUAAAUACAUGCCAAAUGCGAUUGGUAAUAGUAGGAAAACCAAUAAAUAGGCGAGUAAAAGCAACGAUGAAUUACAUAUGUACAUAUGCGCAAAUAUCCGAAAUGGCACUCGCAACGAGACAAGCAGGAUGAGUUUAAGUAAUCAAAUGAGCAUACAAACACACACACCCACAUAAUAGCAAUGAAUUUGUUCUCUGCUUCCUCUUAAGAAAUGUUUAUUUUUAAAGAUUUAUUGUUUAUUUAAAUUAUAUACAUACAUACAUAAAAACGAUACAAUUACAUAAUUAUUAAAUAAUGUAAAAUUUCUAACGUAAGAAAGAAGUCGCGAUAAGAAAAGCAAGGGUUAAGCUUACUAAUAAAACGAGGAAAGAAAAUACAACAGUAAAUGAACAGCGUUGGCAGUGUAUUAUCGAUUUACAGAAACGAUUUUAUUAUCUGAAUAGUUCACUGCAAUGUAUAUAAAUUAAUAUGUUUGCUCGAAUUAAGCUAUUUGAUAACAAAUUUGAAAAAAAAAAUCUUUAAUGACUCAUAAUUGCAAAGAUCAGUAACAUACAGGAACAACAAAUUUGCUUGGUGGCGAGAUUUUUUCAUUAUAAACCCCAUGAGAUUAACUACUCACUGAAAGAAAUGCAAAAAAAAAUAAAAAAUAAAUAAAAAUAAUAAAACCGGAAAAUUAACUACCUUAGGUAGCGUUCUUAGCUUAAUAAAUAACUCUAAUAUAUGUAUAGUAUAUGUAUUCAUACAUUUCUCAUUCAUUACAUAAUAGGUCAUGUAAACAAAUUUUAUUUCAUACCAGUUUAUGGCAUAUUUGCAAACGAGAAUAUAACAUACAAUGUAUAAUCAAGUAUGAAACGCAUAUUAAAUGUAGUUGUUCUGCUUAUUUCCAUGUCAAUCAUAAUGUAAAUAUUCAGCAUAAAGCAUUCGUUGUAGUUGUACGCAUGGCA